AUGUAUUCUAGUCCGGUGCAACAACAAGGAUCACCCAUGCAACGUCCUCCUACCAUGAUGAAUCCUAUUCCUCAACCUAAUGCCACAGCUGGUGUGCCACCUAUGCGUCCUAUGGUAACAUCAUCGUCAAUGCAAGGAUCUAUGAUGGUUCGACCAGCUGUUGGUAGUCCCUAUGCAAUGAAUAAUCGUACAUUAGUUUAUGAUAAAAAUAAACGUCCAUCUGAUCUUCGUCCGCAACAAAUGAUGCAACCAGGACAACAACCACCGAUGGCCUAUGGAAAUAUGAUGGGUUCAACUCAGUCUAUGAUGCCAAAUGCUGUUACAAUGGGUGGUACUGGUUCGAUCAGACAACAGAAAAAACGAAAACGUUUAACAGAAAAGGUGAUUCACAAACAAAUACGUUCUUUGGUGCCAGAAUCUCAAGCAUACAUUGAAUUGUUACGUCUCGAACAAAAACUAGACAAUGUUCUACUGAAAAAACGACUUGAUUUACAAGAAGUACUCAAACGACCACAAAAAGCUAAAAAGAAAUUACGAAUAUUUAUAAGUCAUCAAUAUCCAGUUCGUAUGGAUACCGAUCCAAUGAGUAUGGAUGAUGAUCAAGCACAAUAUUGGGAAAUGCGUGUUGAAGGUCGUUUACUUGAUGAUCCUAACGCAACCAAAGUUGAUCAAGGAAAAUCAAAACGUAAAUUUUCGUCUUUUUUUCGUAGUCUUGUUAUUGAAUUAGACAAAGAUUUAUAUGGGCCUGACAAUCAUCUUGUUGAGUGGCAUCGAACAAAUGCUACGGCUGAAACUGAUGGUUUUCAAGUGCGUCGUUUAGGUGAUCAAAAUGUUAAAUGCACAAUUUUAAUGAUUCUUGAUCAUUCACCACCGCAAUAUCGUCUCGAUGCUCGUCUUGCUCGUUUACUUUCAAUAAACAAUGGUACACGCCAAACAAUUAUUCAGGCUCUUUGGCAAUAUAUUAAAACACAUAAACUGCAAGAUCCUGAAGAACGAGAAUUUAUUCAUUGUGAUGCACAAUUACAAUCAAUAUUCGAAUGUACACGUAUUCGUUUUCCUGAUUUACCAGGCAAACUUAAUAAACUUAUACUUCCAUCGGAACCUAUUAUUAUUAAUCAUACAAUUUGCCUCGGCGCUGAUCAAAAGAAACAUGCUUGUUACGAUAUUGAUGUUGAAGUUGACGAUCAAGUUCGAGAUUCUAUGCGAACAUUUCUUACACCACAGAAUACUCAUGAAUUAGAAGAACUAGAUCGAAAAGUUCUUCAACAUAUCGAUAGUAUAAAUCAAUUGAAACAAAGCAGAGAAUUUUAUCUUUCAUUUGCUGAUGAUCCUCAAGGUUUCAUCUGUAAGUGGUUAGCAUCACAAUCUCGUGAUGUUAAAAUGUUAACUGAUUCACCGAUUGGUAACACUGAAGAAGAACGACGAGCUGAUUACUACAUGGAACAAUGGUCAUAUGAAGCUGUUAGUCGAUAUUUCUAUAAUAAAGUUCAACAGAAACGUGUUGAAUUAGAACAAGCACUUGGUAUUCGUAAUUCGUAA